AAAAAGUACCGUAUUAUCUCUUCGGUUGCGCGCCUGUCUGCUGCACCUUUAGUUUGCCAGCCUAGAUGUGAAGGACCGUCCACCCUUCCUUCAAGAGGAAACUCGCUCUGACGUAGAGAAACCGGAGCGGCGCGGUCAUUCUGCUAUUUUAGUGAAACUGUGCGUUCUCUCACAUUCCUGUCAUACCGAAAUAUCCGUGUUUGGUGACUUUAGGACGAACAGAAUAAACACAGCCACGGUGAGCGACAGACGAAAGGGUAAUAAGCGGUGUGUAACCUGGUUUUAGGCAUGGCUGAUCUGCUGAGGCUGCUGCUCCGGGUGGCAGAGAAAGCGGCUAACGUGGCUCGUGUCUGCAGGCAGGAGGCUCCCCUCUUCCAGCUCCUCGUACAAGAGAAGACCGGAGAUGACAAGAACAAGAAGUUCGUCCAGGACUUCAAGACGCUGGCUGACGUGGUGAUCCAGGAGAUGAUCCGGCAUGAUGUUGGUGUUAAGUUCCCUGAGAUGGCGGACUUCAUCAAUGGAGAGGAGUCCAACAAGUUUGAAAAUGGGCUAGGAGAGAGUGUGACGGUGACAGUGUGCGCUACAGAGGAGGACACCGCGGUGCUGCUGGCCUCCGUGCUGGACGGCGACCUCACCGCGGCCUCUCUGCUGGCCCGGGCCAUCCACCAGGACCCGGCGAGCAUCCAGGCCGACACCGACGGUCUGACGGUCCCCCUCAGCCCCUCAGAGCUCGGCAUCUGGAUCGACCCCAUAGAUGCCACCAGCCAGUACAUAGAGGGCAGAGAGGAGGUGCUGGAGGAGGGCCGCCUGUUUCCCUCAGGUCUGCACUGUGCCUUGGUCCUGAUCGGGGUUUAUCUCCGCAGCACAGGCGAGCCCGUCAUGGGCGUCAUCAACCAGCCGUUCAACUACAAAGACCCAGCAGGUGGAGGCUGGAAGGGGAAGCAUUUCUGGGGGGUUUCUUGCGGCAGCAUCAAUGUCUGCUCAGAGACCCGGCCUAAAGCAGGACCUGCGGGGGGGCUGUCUGCGGUGCUGAGCUCCAGUGAGAAGCCGGUGGUAAAGGAAGCCCUGACCUCACUGUGCGGCCCGGACAAGCUGAUGUUCGCCUCUGGAGCCGGAUACAAGAUCCUGUGUGUCAUCCAGGGCCUGGCUGACGUCUACGUCCUGUCGGAGGGGAGCACCUUCAAGUGGGACUCCUGCGCCCCUCACGCUCUGCUCCGGGCCCUCGGAGGGGGGGUGGUGGACCUCCACAAGUGUCUGCAGUCCAGCUCAGGAGCAGAGGCAGAACUGACCUACCACCAGCCCCGCACUGAGUGCAAAGGAGCGGACCGCUGGGCCAACCAUGGCGGCCUGGUGGCGUACAGAGACUGUUCCCAGAUCAGCCGCAUCAUCGCCCCUCUGAAAGGCAAGCUGUAGCUGAAGCAGCUGUUGUUGCAUAUAUGAUCAUAUUCUUAUUUUCUGUAUACGUAGAAAGAGAAGGAUAAGGGUGCAGGAGGAAAUAUUUUAAACACAUAUUAUAUUGUCUUGUUUUAAAUGAGAUAUAUUUGCAAUAGAGCUGCAAGUAUUUUCUUACGAUUAAUCUGCCAGUUAUUUUCUAGAUCAAUCAUUCGGUCUAUAACGUGUCAAAAAAACAUCCCAGUUUCUUUAAUGUCUUGUUCCGUCAGUCCAAAUCCCAAAGAUAUACAGUUUAAUGUAAUAUAAAACAGUUAGGAAAAGAUAUCACUAUAUUCGAGAGGCUAAAAUGACUUUUCUGACAUUUUUGCAUGACAAAUUACUAUAAAAACUAAUUGUUGCAGGUCUAGUUUUCAAGUGUUUCCAUAGCAAGAUAAACAUCUGGUCUGGGCCAAAUAUUUUUUUCAAA